AGCUCUCCGGCAUGCGUACUGACGGAGCACCUAGACAAAAUUUCCGAAGUGACCCAAGUCCCGAUAUGUCAUAUUCGAGCCUCAGAUUUGCUUGAUUCUGAUCUAACUGCUUGGGGGAAUUUGCUGGAGAUUUUGGAAUUUCUGGUGAACUUUGUUCGAACAAAUGAAAGCCAUGAGAGUCUUGAACAGAGUCUGUCCUCUUAUGAAUCCACUCAGUCCUUAUGUUCUCCUGUCAAACACUCCGCACUCGAAGAUGUGAGAGAUCGAGUGAAUAAUCUUCUCACGGAAUUGGAUUCAAAGAAAUUCCCCGUCACUUCACGGGAGAAGGCCGAGGGCCAGGCACGCGGAGAUCAUUUUUCCGAAUACUCCUCUAGUGAUAUUGUGGACCGAAACCUAGGUUGCGCUCCGAAGACUCAGCAUAACGCUUCCCGUCUGCUUUACUUACGUGAAAAACUCAGAGGAUGUCUACAGGACAAAGAAUUCGCGCAUCUCCCAAUAGACCGUUUACGGUCCGAUCCAAGGGCGACGUCUUUCAAACAUACCAAUGGCAAUAGCUGCUCAAGGACAUCAACUUCAGUGUGUGGCUCUGAAUGUGGAAAUUCGGGUGGACUGGUGAAACCCCGUGCGCGUCCACUGACCUGGUACACGCAUGAUCGGCGAACGCAACGUCCGAAAACACCGGAGAUGGAGACCGUGUUGACCAAUUUACUAGAUGAACCAGGUGAUCUUUUGGACAAACUGUUAGCAGCGUUUCCGACUCUCGAUUUGGAUGGUCACGAUACCCGCGUUUUGCGCAGGAAAGCAGCUCAACUUUUAGGUGCAUGCUCCGCAGUUUCUUCGCGACCCACUUCACUCCCGGGUAUCAGUCCUUCAAACAGACAUAAGCUAACUUGGGUUGAAGAACGCAAUAGGCGGCGUUUAGCUCAACUUCUCCGUCAUAGUAUGCGGAUGAGUCGAUUUCGGGAUCAGAAGACAGCGGAUGAAGAGGAUCGCCGCUUAAGAGCUCAGCUUCAGGAACGAAGACGACAGCUGAUACGUAUUCGAAGCUAUUAUCAGCAAUAUGUGUCUGAUUUUCGAGCCAAAAAAAUGGCCAAAGUGUUCGAAGAAGAAAAAGUCUUUCGUAACUUUUUUCAAGGGCUUCUUGCUCAAGAGAGGGAGAAUCUGAUGGAUAUACAGAAGUUGGAACGUGAAGAGAGGAACAAAUGUCGGAUCCUGAAAGAGGAACAGAUGGCAAAUCUUGAAUACACCCGUCGAGCUCGAAUGGCCUUUAUCAAGGAACGCUUAGAGCAGGAAGAGGCACAGCGUACGAAUUCCCAGCGGCAACAGAGGCUGGAACUCAUCAAACAAAGACGUGAAUUACGCCACACGCUGGAAACAAACGUACGUGAACUACAGAGGAUCAUGCUUGAAAACAACGAUUCCGUAUACUUCCGCGAAAAAGAUGCAAGUCGCAUGCUUCAGCAUAGAAAUGAGUUUGCAUUUUAAUUCGCCAUCGUUAAUUGCCCCAGUUCAGCUUCUGUAAAUUUCUUUCCUUGUCUCUCCAUCUGUAGUGUCAUAUUUUGCCUGACCCGAAUACAUUGCUCCGAAG